UAUAUAUUUGAUACUCUGUGUGAAGGGGGCACAACUUUCGCUGGCGUUUACAAGUUACAUAACCUAAAUAAAUCUUCAAUAGAAGGGAAACGAACGUAAGAUUUGUCGUAUAAGAUAUAUGUAUAUUCUAACGUUUUGAGAGAGAUUACACGUUUUAUAUAUAAUACAUUAUGUUGGAUAAACCAUCUGGCCCGGAUAAUCAAUUAUCCAAGGAAGAAUAUUUAAUAAUGAGAGCUAAAGAAGCGUUACCGAUCGAUAUUUAUGCUGCUAAAUCGUGGCUAAUUACUGCAAAAUCUUUAUUUCCGCAUAGUGCAAAAGUCCAGUUUGAGGCAUAUCGAAUUGAGAAAUUGUCAAAAAAUGUAAAAGAAGCAGCAAAAUGCUUCAGCGAAAUAUUCCAAAAUUUUCCGGACGAUCGUGAUAUAUGGAAAGAGAUAGAAACAGUGACAACAUGUCUUCGCUUGGAACAGUGUGAUAGUGAAGCGGACUUUUUGUGCCAAAUGUUUCAACAUAUUCCACAGGAUUUGCAACAUAGAUUACUUGUGAUGACAGCUGAUCAUAGUGAAGACACAAUGGAGCAUUGCAAAUUAUUACUUUUAUUGCUACGCAGGUUUCCUCAAACCAUAGCGACUCAUGGACCACGUUUGGUGGAAACUCUCUUAACAGCGGAGAAACAUAGCCAUCCAGGUCGUGCGGUGAAUGGUUUCAGAAGAUUAUUGGCAUGCGAUGCAUUGCCAUUGCUUGGUGCUGCUCCGGUGGAAUUAAAUCCUCGUCUUAGUUUAAGAUUACUUUGUAAGGCCGUGGAAUUUUACUUGGCGUAUAUACAACAACCGCAGGAUGCGCAAAUUCAAAAUCCAUGGGACAGACUUUUCCAAAUUGUGGAAUUGAUAGGUCAGAAAUUAGGAUGGGAGUUGAGCAGUCUAUUUUCUGUACCUUGGAAUCGCGAAACGUACAGCGACAGACUGCAACAGUAUGCCAUUGCGCAUAAUACGGGCCUAUGCGACGAGCUUAUAGUCAGACAAUUACUGAUGUCUACAAUUGUAAUAUUAUUGAGAAUACUGAACGAACAUGCUACUCUUAUUAAUAAUGACGAGACAAUGUAUUGUCUAGUGGAGGCAUUUGGAGAAGGAAUGCAUUCUUCCGCAGAGCCGAAAUUGAAGAAACGAAAACGAGAGGAUAAUACAGCUAUAAUAGUGACCAGUGAUAGCGAUUAUAAUGGCAACGGUUUAGCAUUGGCGGUAAAAUUAUGGGAUCUAUUGCAUAGCAGUGACUAUCUUCAAAGAGAAAUUGGCAAAUUGAGUCAACAGUUACGACUAGAUAACUGGUUGAAUCCAUUUUUAACGGAUUUGGCAAUGUACAAAGGUUUACAUCAUGAAGUAUUAGCCAGAUUAUCGCAAGAAGGCGGUAAUCUAUCUGUUAAUCUUCGUUUAGCCAGCACAUGUUUCUUUUUGAGAGAUUAUAAGGGAAUGCUGGAACAUAUUGUUCUAGUUGCGAGUUUGUUACCCACUGUACCAGGCAAGGUAUCUCACAAUUUGACAGUUUCAAGCAUAAGGCAUUUACAUUAUCUGACUCUCGCACGUUUUCCUAUUUUACAAUACUGUUGCAAAUUGCUUCUUUUAGCUAUAAAGGAAAACUUUUCUUUACUCGGAAGUGUCGGAGACUUGGCUAUUGGACACGCAUUGGUCUUAAUACAGAUAGAUUGGCCACAAGAAGCUAGUACGCUGACUGCAAUAACAGAGAGAAUUCUUAAUCGCGGAAGUUUUGCUUAUCCAUUAUUCCAAACGUAUAUAAUAUGUGUGGAUAUUUUAGAAGAAUUAACAUACUUAUGGACCGAACAUGGUGGAGGAGUGUCAUUGGACAUAACUACAGGCGUUGGAGUUUUACAAAAUCGCCGUAUCACUACUCGCGGUGCUGAUAAAGGAGUUCGCGAGGAGGUGAAACAAGCUAUGCGUCGACAAGCCGCGCGGGAUGGCAUUGAUCCAUUAGACGAAUUGUUGCAAAAAUUCAUAGUAAACGAAAAAGCCGCCAUUUCACAUAGUUUAAUUAUCUCGUAAACUUUGGAUUUUUACUAUUUGUAUCGUUACUCGUGACAUACAGUGAGAGAAAGUUUGUAUAUGAAAUAUUUUGUAUAUAAAACAAUUGUUUUAUUCAGUAACAAUAAAUGUGAAUUUUUGCAAACUA